AUGGUGCUUAAAAUGGACGAAAAAGAUGACUUUUUUGGCAUUCAUGACGCCACGGAAACACCCCUUCCACGGCAUAUGGAAGCUGCAAUCAUGUUACGAUCCAGGACAAUGAGGAAAAAACAUCGUGAAGCUCCGGAUAAACAAAAUGUUGUUUCAGAACAGAGAUUAGCUCAGCGACGCCCAGAGGAUGCAUCUUCAAAUAACUUCGUAGCAGAUUCCAAUGAGGAUACUGGAUAUGGUGACAGUGCUAAUGGUGCAGAUGGCGAGGAUAUUCAAUCAUUUGAAAUAUUGGACUUAAAGACAUACAAAGAUAUAGGUCUAAAGAAAAUAUGGGAUAAAAUUGAACCGGUAUGGAGAAUGAGCGAUGAAGACUUAGUUAACGUAAUGACUAGUCGGAUUAUUUAUGAAGACGAGGAACUUAUUGCAUUCGACAAGCCAUAUCAAGUGGCCUAUUCAAACGCGCCCAGCAAUCAAGCCGAAUUGUUACGUAUUCUUCCUAAACUUUCUUCUCGAAUAGCACCAAAUAUGGAUUGUUUGCGAAUCGUUAAAUCCAUUGGAAAAUCUGUUACCGGAGUGAUAUUGUUUGCAAAGAAUCAAAAUGCUCAGGAAAAAAUAAAAGUUUUGUACGAUAAUGGAUUAAUGGAGCAGUGCUACCACGUCAUUACAAAUAUGGCACCUGCGCAUCAAGAAGCUGCUAUCAAUAUUCCUCUUGUCAAAUGUACAAGGAAAAAUAACAAUUACAUGAUGUUACCGUUGGGUGCAAACAACAGCAAAGAAAUUCCUCCGUUUUUGGAAGCAAGUACGCAUUAUCGACUUCUCAAGCAUGACCCCAAAAACCAUACCAGUUACAUGGAGUGUUUCGUCAAUCGUGAUGUUCCGGAGCAAAUACGUGCUCAUCUUGGUAUUGGUAUAGCAUGUCCCAUUAUCGGUGAUGUAAAAUACAAUUAUAGUCGUCGAGAAGCAGGAAGAGGGAUUCCACCACGAUUAUCGGAUAGUGCGUUACAGGACUUAAAUAUUGCCGGUAAUUCAUUCCGUCGACUACCAAUGUAUAUACAUUUGAAAGAAAUGGUUAUUUCACUAUCGAAACGAAGCUCACAAAAAAUUCAUAUUUGUGCUCCGUUACCAUCCUUUUUUAUGUAUACUUUAAACAAAUUACGAUUGUUGAGGAAAUAAAAUUUACAAACGAUA